AUGACUACUACAGUUCCAAAGGUUUUUGCAUUCCAUGAAUUCUCUGAUGUAGCAGAAGCUGUUGCUGAUUAUGUGGUUUAUGCACAAAAUGGUGCACUUACCAAGAAACCAAAAGAAAGAAAAUCGUCUGCAGUGAAUUUAUCAUUGGAUGAUAGGGGCACAUCCUCAGUUGAUAUGCAUCGUAUUUUAUCGAAUAAAAGCAUAUCGUCUAGAGAUAGUAGCAAAAAGACUAAAAAAGAGAAAGAAAGGAGGUUUAAGAUAGCAUUAUCAGGUGGUUCUUUAAUUCAAAUUCUGCAUGAAGGUUUAUUAAAAAGAGAUGAUAUUCAAUGGGGUAAAUGGGAUAUUUAUUUUGCAGAUGAGAGAUUAGUUCCAUUCAAAUCCGAUCAAAGUAAUUAUGGACAAUCAAAGAGGAAAAUUUUUGAUCUUAUUGAUACAGAGAAAUAUGGUACUCCAAAUAUUUAUCAUAUUGAUGAAUCUUUAAUUGAUGACCCACAAGAAUGUGCGGACAGUUACGAGAAGGUCCUUAUUAAAGGAUUUGCAGGAAGAGAUUCUGUUAAACUUCCGAUGUUUGAUUUAUUUUUAUUAGGAUGCGCUCCGGAUGGUCAUAUUGCUUCUUUAUUCCCAAAUUUCCAAGAAAAUUUACGUGAAAAAUUAGCAUGGGUUGUCCCUGUAGAAAAAGCUCCAAGUGGACCAGAAAAUAGAAUAUCGUUGACUAUUCCUGUGAUUUGUCACUCUCAUAGAGUUAUUUUCGUUGUGGAAGGUGCUGUGAAGGCACCUGUGAUUAAAACCAUUAUGGAAAGACCGGAGAAAGGUUUACCAAGUAGUAUUGUCAAUGAAGGUGCAGCUGGCCGUGUAUCAUGGUUUGUAGAUGAUGAUGCCUUGACUGAUGUUUUUGUUACGAAGAAGAAAUAUAAAUUCCAUAACAAGAUUGAAUUCAAUGAACCAUUUAAAGAGGAAGCAUCUGAAAAUAGUAAAUAA